AUGAAGUUCUCAACUAUUUUGGCGUCGACAUUGUCGCUUGCAUCUGUUGUCACAUCUCAAUAUGUUGCUCCAGUUUCUGAACAAUUGACUGUGAACCUUGAGACAAGGGAAAUGGGUAAUGCUCUUAUCCAAGCUUACCAAUUUGAAGAAAGAGAUCUUUCGGAUAUUAUCAGCAGCCUUACAUCAAGCAUCAACUUGACUGCUAUUUACGACAGCAUCGAUUACGACUCUAUUGCUGAAUGGAUUAAUGGUUUAUUAACUGAAAACAACAACAUCCAGUACUUGGAAAACAUCUUGAACUUCCUUGGUCGUACAAACUUGGUCCCUAUCCUCAUUGGUUUCAUUGCUUCAAAUAAUGCAACUAGAACAAUUGCUUACGAAGCUAUCGUUUAUGUUAUCAACAGUGGUGUUGACCCAGAACCAUUGUUUGUUGCGUUGAAGGAUUCCGGUUUAUUAUACACUGUUAUUGCUGAUUUGGUUGAAAACGAAAACACCUUGCCACUUGUGUUUAGAGUGCUUAGGGAAACUCUUGGUGGAAUCAACUUUAGUGACCUUAUCAAUCAAUUCCUUCAAGGAGGUAGUGCUACAAUCACCUUGCAAACCAACUCGAACGGAGGUAGCAACACUGGUGGACAAGCUGUACCAACUUUGGUCUUAUCUAAUCCAAUUGGAGGUAAUGGUGGCUCCGGUAACGGCGGUUCAGCUAGCGGUGGCUAUGGAAAUGGUGGUGCUUCAAACACUCAAGGUUCUGGCUACCAAUCAGUUAACGUUAACUCCAUUAACCAAUUGAUUUCACAAGCUGCCGGCCAAAACUCCAACGGCGGUCAAGCUACUCCUGCUGCUGCCACUGGUCUCACAAGAUCAACAAGCCGUGGCCAAUCUCAAGCUACCUCAAACCAAUUUGCUUCCAUUACGGGCCCUGCAUUCCAAUCUGUCCCAACUUCACAAAUUGGUCAAGGUCCAACCUCCGUCAACUAUGCUUCACUUACCGCAGUUGCUUCUGCUCUUGGUGGUAGUGGUAGCUCAUACAAAAAGAGAGACGCUGUUGCUGAGGUUUUGGAGCUCGCUGCUGAGAAGAGAGCUGCUGAAGCUGAUGAAGCCGCUUUAGCCGAAGAGUUGGCAAAGAGAAAUGGUGUUGAAGACUUGUUGACCACUAUUUUCACCGCAAUUGCUGAUUCCAACUUGAUCAACGAGACCAUCAACUACUUGCUUACCGACAGUCAAUUCGAAGGUUCAGUCGUCUUGAUCAUUAGAGAUAUUUUGGCCAGCAUUACUCCUGCUACAUUUUCAUUCAACACCUCGAACCCAUUGAUCACUGCCAUUCAAAACUCUGGUUUGAUUCCAGAUCUUAUCAGAAGAGCACUCAACGACAGUGAUUUGAGGGCUGCUAUCCUCAGAGACGUUCGUCAAGUUGUUAGUCAACUUGCGUCCUAUUUGGGAAUCUCAAAGAGGGAAGUUAUUGAUAAACUUCAUGCCAGGGAUGAACAAGUAACUUCAAGCUUUAGCAGUAUUAUCAUUCAGUCUGCUAUCAAUGCUAACGCAUCAACUGUUGCUACCGUAGAUGCUGCUAAUGGCGGGUCUCCUGCUUCAAUGAACAUGGCUGGUAUUGCUGCGGCUGCAAUUGGUUUGUCAGCGUUGGUUUUGUAA